CGGGGCAUGUGUGGGGUCAUUAUAAAUGGGUGAAAGAUGACAAAAGAUGUUUUCAUAGUUGACUUGUUGAUGGGAGACAGUUUACAGUAUCUUAAUGUAGCACACGGGCAGAUGUUUUAUGCAGGGUUAAAUAUACACCCGAGGAUUGACAGUACGAUUAUUAUACCAAAAAAUAACCAAGACCGUAUACUAGAUAACCAGUACCCGAAACAAGAUGCCUUUCUUCAACUCGGAGAGUGUAAAAGAUUCUUCUGGAAUUCUUCAAGCUCUACUUCCUGGUGCCAACAUCCAAAAGAACAACCAAAGAGUGUUGGUAACUGUAGGCACGACAGAUGAAGUUCUUGUGUUUAAUGUUGGUGGUACUUGCUUCGAGACGUACUCCUCAACUUUGAGACGACUUCCCCAUACGCGGCUCUCUGACGAACAAUUCUUGAAAAGACACUACAGGGAGAAAAAGGAUGAUUACUUCUUUGACCAUGAUCCUGACGUUUUCAAAGUGGUUCUUCAAUAUUUGAGAACUGGGGAACUGCACCUUCCGUCAUCUCUAUGUGGUGCGUCUAUAAAAGCUGAACUGGAGUUCUGGGGUGUGGAGGAGUGCACUAUAGAAGACUGCUGCUGGUUAAACUAUAAUUCCUGGGCACAGACCUUACAGUCGUUGAAGAAGCUGGAACACGAUCGUCAAAUAUCAAUGGGAACACAUUCAUAUAAUUCAGAAAAUACCAGAAAGUGGUAUCGAUUUCGAAAUCAAGCCUGGGAAUUUCUCAACAACCCUCAUUGGUCCUUUUCUUCAAAGAUAUAUGGUGUUGUCUCCAUUAUUCUUGUAUUUGCGUCUAUAUUUUCCUUUGUGUCACAAACCCACGAAUACUUCCAAGUUUCUACAGAGCACAAUGAGAGCCUUUCUGCAGAAAAUGCCAGUUCAGAGUCAUAUCUUCCCUGGAGUAACAAUUCCAUUCACCCAGCACUGUUUAUUACAGAUGCCGUCUGUUUUGCCUUUUUCCUUUUGGAAAUAGUAGUUAGAUUUAUUGUCUGUCCCAAUAAAUUGCGGUUUUUAAAAACACCAAUGAACAUAAUCGACUUUCUAGCCUUAGUGCCGGAUGUAGUUUCAUAUUCGUUUCCGCUGUCCGCGCCAGAGCUAGUAACAUUCGUGUCGCUUAUGCGCAUUAUUCGAGUAUUACGUAGCUUCCGUUUAAUGCGUCAUUUCCCUGGAUUAUGGACUCUAGGCUACACCCUUAAAGCUAGUAUUAAUGAACUUUUGCUGAUGUUACUGUUUCUGAUUAUUGGCAUGUUGGUUUUCUCGUCUUUGAUCUAUUACGCAGAAGAUCGUGAAAACUUUCCGAACAUACCUCGAGCCUUCUGGUGGGCCCUCAUCACCAUGACUACUGUGGGAUACGGCGAUAUGUAUCCGGUAUCCAAUUUAGGAUACUUAAUAGGAUCCAUGACGGCCGUGUCUGGUCUAUUGUUGAUUGGAUUCAUCGUACCAGUUCUUGUAAAUAAUUUCAUUCUAUACUACAAUCACACACAGUGCGCCCUAGAAAGGGAAAAACGACGUGGCCAGCGUUUACACCAACAAAAAAGACGACAGAAGUUGGAGAGAAUGAAUUCUUUCAAAACCGAAAAUUUGAACACAGAAAACUAAAGAUGGGGAAAAAAGAUCUAACAAUGUUAUCAAUUUGCUUAUAUACUAGUGUCCUAUGGUGGUGUUCAUUAUCAUUAUACGGGAUAAAUUAUGCAUUGUGAAAGCAUAAAUAGGGAGGACCGGCUUUAAAGCAAUUGGACCAACUGCUCUGAACGGUCUUCAUUUAACUAAAACAAACGUAGGCUGUGAACCUAGUUGUAAAUGCUAAACCCACCCUGUUCAUUACAUUAUGAAGUGUCGCGACAUAAAAACAAAAAUCAAAUUUUGCUCAACUGUAGUACGCAGUUUGAGUUGCUUUUUACUAGUGCUCAAAAUAAAGUUUAAAAAGUA